AUUUUGGAGUAAAGAGAAAAACCACACAAAUAAAUAAAAAUAAAAAAAGAAGAAAAAAUCUAAUAAACCUGAAUGUAAUAAAUCAUGAAUUUGUUGAUCUUCAUCUCUCCACAGGUUGUUCUUUCCCUGUAACCUUAUAUUACUCUCCAAAGUCCAAAUACAGAGAAAGAGACAGUGGCAAAGCAAUUGUUAUACUCCUCUAUAUUGCAUAUAUAAACUAAAACGACGCAGCAACAGUGAGAGGAAGGUGAAGUAGAAGAAACCCAGUUUCAGUUAGUUUCUGCAGAAUGGAAGGGAGGCGGAUUAGAAGGUUUGGGAUUAGAAGAGGCAGGGGACAACAAAUACACACCCAACCUCACUCUUUGCUUCCUCUGCGAACCACCCAUCACCCUCCUUCUCUAUCAAACACCGUUUCUUGUUGCUACUGCGACUAUAAGAUCUCAUCUCUCAAUGACCCGCUUUUCCGUCUUGGAAGAAGGCGUGCCGGGAUUUUCAAAGCUUGGUUUUCCAUCGGGGUUGGUUUUGGCCUAACUGCUCUACUUGCCGUUUCUAUGAUUCUUCUCUGGGAAUUGGCCAGCGCUCUGCAUCUUCUCCCUGGGAACUCCUUUAGCAAUCUUUCGAGUGCUAUAUUGUUCGGCUUUUCACCUUUCCCUUCCAACUCGGUUUCUGGUUUAAGCAUUUCACCCGCUGGAGCUGGUUAUAUGUUGGUUUCUACCUUGAUAUCCGUAUCUCUCCAUGAAUUUGGCCAUGCUCUUGCCGCUGCAAGUGAAGGCAUACAGAUGGAGUACAUUGCCAUCUUUAUUGCAGUUCUAUUUCCUGGUGCUUUGGUGGCUUUUAAUUAUGAGUUACUGCAAGCAUUGCCUGGUUUUGCUGCUUUGCGAGUAUAUUGUGCUGGCAUUUGGCAUAAUGCAGUGUGCUGUGCGGUUUGUGGAUUGGCAUUAUUCCUUCUGCCCUUGAUUUUGUUUGCCUUUUACCAACAUGGUGAAAGCCCCAUGGUUUUGGAUGUACCUUCUACUUCGCCCUUAUCUGGUUAUUUAUCUCCUGGAGAUGUAAUUAUCUCAUUGGAUGGUGUACGUAUCCAUAGUUCCCAAGAAUGGAUGGAGAUGGCAACUCUAGUAAAUAUAUUGGCACAUGAAAAUCUAAAUAGUUCCAGUUAUAAUGAAGGCUUUGGAAGAGUAAGUAACGCAAAGGGGUAUUGCGUCCCUAAUCCUGUGUUGGAAGAAAGCAAGAUUGGAUUAAUAGAGAACCAGUCUUCUUGUCCAGAUUAUCUUACUUCUUUUGUAACCAUUCCUUGUUUUGAUACAAAUAUGUCAGUUGACAGCCAUCCAAAUACAUUUGAGCCCACCAAUUGCUUGAAUGCUAAGGAUGUUGUAAAGUUCAGAAAAUGUGGUGAUUGGGUGACAGCUACAACCAAUGGUAGCAACUGCACAUGUUCACAGGAUAUGUCUUGCUUAAGUCCAAUUCAGAUCCCUGGUUUCAUGUGGAUUGAGGUCACAUAUUAUAGCCCUUAUUCUCCAGAAUGCUUGAAACUUGGAAGAAAAUCAUUUGCCGAUUCAAGAUCUUCUGAGUUUGUGGAUUCUAACUGUGGUGGGACUUUUGUAUUUGUUGGUGACAUUAUCUCCAUGGCAAGCUCUGUACAGUUAACUGCAUAUCAACCUCGUUGGGCAUCUAAAUUUGGUAUCUAUCUUCCAAAUGUGCUAGAAAGGCUUUUAAUGUGCACAUUCCACGUGUCUUUAACACUAGCUCUUCUCAACAGUUUGCCGGUAUACUUUCUGGAUGGAGAAUCCGUCUUAGAGGAGACUCUUUGCCACUUCACAUCAUUGUCUCCAAGCAAUAGGGGAAAAGUUCUUCAAGUGUGCCUUUUGGGAGGGACACUCAUUUCUAUUCUAGCCUUUUUCAGAAUCUUCUUGAAUAUUUUAGAUUCUCCCCAAAGCAUAACUGGUGCAAGAUUGCAUAGAACUUAAAAGUCUUAUUGAUAGAGGUAAUCUAAUCACACAAUCUGAAGCCAUAGAGAUGGAAUAUCUCAGUAGUGAAUAGAACCAUCCAUACUCAGGUCAGGUGGAUCUUAAGUAAGAAGCUGUCUCAUGAACCGGAUAGCACCUUGGCAGUUCGAUUUUCGUUUUGCUUAUAUAGUGCAUCCCAAAAGUUGUGGAAUGUUCUGCGUUGUAUUUACUGCUUCUAUAUUGUUUUGGUGUUACCUGGUUAUACUAGCCAAUUUAGUUGGCUGUAUUGUCUGACUAUGCACCUUCUUCUACUCUGUUGAUAUCAACGUACAAAAUGCUAUGUUGUAUGAAAUGCUAUAUGAUGUACUAUCGGCAAGGAAAAUGCUAAAAAUUGUGUUACCAAAACUUUGCCAAAUGACACGACAGAGUGCUAUAGAUUGUUGUUUCACCAA